AUGGCCAAAGACGCGACAAGCGCCAUUGCGCGCAGAGGUUCUGCCUCGUCCGCCCACCAAUCGACCACCACCACCACCACCAACACCGACGACGCUCUGCUACCCUCGCCGCCGCCGCCGCCGUCUUUGCGUCUGCGGCUCGUGAAUCAACAUGUCUCUCCACGCCUACACAAGCUCAAAAGGGCCCUUUUCAACUAUGCCAAGUUUGUCGGUCCCGGAUUCAUGAUAUCCGUCGCCUACAUCGACCCCGGCAACUACUCCACCGACAUUGCCGCCGGCGCCUCGUACCAGUACCGCCUGCUCUUCAUAGUACUCCUCAGCAACGUCUUUGCCAUUCUCCUGCAGACGCUCGCCAUCCAGCUCGGCUCCGUCACGGGCCACGACCUCGCGUCGGCCUGCCGCGCGCACUGCCCGCGCUGGCUCAACUACCUGCUCUACGCGCUGGCCGAAAUCGCCAUCAUCGCCACCGACCUCGCCGAGGUCAUUGGCACCGCCAUUGCCCUCAACCUGCUGAUCCCGCGCCUGCCGCUCGUCGCCGGCGUCGCCCUCUCCAUUGUCGACGUCAUGUUCAUCCUCAUCUUUUACCGCCCCGACGGCGCCAUGAAGGGCCUGCGCCUGUUUGAGCUCUUUGUCUGCCUGCUCGUGCUCGGCGUCGUCGUCUGCUUCUGCAUACAGCUCUCCAUGAUUCACGAGUCGAGCGUCGGCGACGUCUUUCGCGGCUUCGUGCCCUCGCGGGAGCUGGUCGAGCCGCAGGCGCUGUACCAGGCUUGCGGUAUCCUCGGCGCCACCGUCAUGCCGCACUCGCUGUUUCUCGGGUCCGGCAUCGUGCAGCCGCGUCUGAAGGAGUACGACACCCAGCAGGGGCUCAUCCCCGCCGCGCCGUCGCCGCCGCUGUCCUCGUCGUCGUCGUCGUCGGCCAGUGAGUACGGCCACGACAAGAUUGUCUACGUGCCCUCGCAGGCCGCCAUCAAGCACUGCCUCAAGUACUCCAUCAUCGAGCUCAGCACCUCGCUCUUCACCUUUGCCCUCUUUGUCAACUCGGCCAUCCUCAUCGUCGCCGGCGCCUCGCUUUACAAGAACCCCGAGGCCCUCGACGCCGACAUCUUUGGCAUCCACGCCCUCCUCUCCAAGAGCAUCUCCCCGGCCGUCGGCACCAUCUUUGCCCUCGCCCUCCUGCUCUCGGGCAUCUCCGCCGGCAUCGUCUGCACCAUUGCCGGCCAGAUGGUCUCCGAGGGCGCCCUGCGCUGGAAGGUCAAGCCCUGGGUGCGCCGCUUCAUCACCCGCGCCAUCAGCAUCACGCCCUCGCUCGUCAUCGCCGCCGCCAUUGGCCGCGAAGGCCUCAAUACCGCCCUCAACGCCUCCCAGGUCGUCCUCAGCACCGUCUUGCCCUUUACCACGCUGCCGCUCAUUUACUUUACCAGCCGCAGCCGCUACAUGACCGUCAGGCCCGGCAUGGCCCGCUACCACAUCGAGGACGAGACCGAGGUGGAGAGCGUCGACGAGGCGCCCGGCAUUGACAUGUCUAAUCCUUGGUGGUUGAUCAUUCUGGGCGGCCUGGUGUGGCUGGUCAUGGCCGUCAUGAAUGUGGCCAAUCUUGUUCUUCUCGGACUCGGCAAGGCUGGAUAG